AUGACAGAUGCUGAGGAUCUCCUAAUCUGCAAAACGUGCGCGACGCAAUUUGACGCGCCAGCCUCGAACCCGCUGCCCAAUUGCAGGAUAUGUGACGACCCACGUCAGUAUGUGCCUUCAAGCGGCCAGCAAUGGUCGAGUUUAAGGGAGCUACGCGGCAAGUACGAAAACAAGUGGAAAGAAGACCCGGACUUGAAGGGUGUGUGGUCAAUCUGGACUGAGCCAAAGUUCGGCAUAGGCCAAAGAGCCUUCCUCAUCGAAACACCAGAGGGUAACGUUCUCUGGGACCUCAUCGCCUUCCUCGACCAGCCCACCAUUGAUUUCAUCAACUCCAAAGGCGGCCUCAAAGCCAUCGUAAUCUCGCACCCCCACUACUACACCACACACCCAGAAUGGGCCCGUACCUUCAACUGCCCUGUCUACAUCUCCGCCGAGGAUGAAGAAUGGGUCAACCGCGCCGCCUCCGCCACUGCGCCUCGCCGCCUCAUCACUGAGCCCACGCUCGACGUCGUUCCUGGUGUCACGGCCAUCAAGACCGGUGGACACUUUCCUGGCAGCCUGGUCCUGCUCUGGAAGAAAGAGCUCUUCAUCGCGGACUCGAUCGUCACGGUGCCGUCUGGCCUUUACUUCAAGGACCGUCCUCCUGGCACCACGAGUUAUACGUUCAUGUGGUCCAUUCCCAACAUGAUUCCGCUGCCGCCAUCCGAGGUGAUGAAGAUGUGGAAGGCGAUCGCGCCCUACGAGUUCGAAGCCACGCAUGGCGCUUUCCUGGGCAUGGAUGUCCGCCGUCCGGAUGCCAAAAAGGCGGUCUUGGAGAGUAUGAAGAUCCAGGUCAAGUUUGAAGGGCACGAGAACCACGCGAUUCUGAACGAGACUUGCGCAUGA